AUGAGAUUCGUUGCUGGUUUCCUCAGUGUCCUGGGGGUUGGGAUACUCCUGAUAGUCUUGGCUUCCUACCAUUACUCUUCGACGCACAAUAUUCUGAAUGAUGCCACGAUCAUUUCCACAAAGGAUGGAAGCUCCAUCCAAGAGGUCACCACGAUCGUUAAAGAAUCGGAAGGAGCAAUGAUACCCCAAAUUACCAACGUUACCGUAUUUCUGACCACACGGGACAACCCAGCAGAUAGCAUCUUUACCACUGGCACACUGGACCGGUUUGGCUCUGGGAAGAUUCGCUACAUUAUUCACAAUGGCGAUUGCAGUUGCAAUGCCACCACCCAGCCCGUCCUGAGACGAAAUCCCUGCUUGGCAGUGUCUCGUGAUUGUCCCCACAGAGCACUCAAAUGCAAAUAUCCACGUUGCAAAACACUCAUUACCAAUGACGAAUUUUGCAAGCCAAAAGGCACCAAGUACGAUGCCAGAGAAUACUACAAUGCGGAUACACCCGAAACACCCUACAUACCUCUGGGACCACGCAGCGAUUCUUGGGCGUCCUUUCAAAAGAUCAAAAAGAAGGCAACGGCAAAGCAUGGACAACAACAAUUUUCUAUCGUUCCAGCAUCAAAGCGAAAGUAUGCCUUUAAUGCCAUCUUUUCCAGGUCUACCAAUGAUGGUCGAAUCAAGCUUGCCACUAUUAUCGAAGACAAUCACAAUCACGACCAUAACAAUCUCACUGUCUUUACCCAAAUGGCCGAAAAAUGGAUCCGAGAUGUCAACAAUCCCAAACGAAAAUCAGGGCACUUGAAUACCGACAGCUACAUGCAGGUGCUUCUCGAUAGUACAUUUACAUUGGCACCCUCGGGGCACAAUCCCGAAUGUUUUCGUCUCUACGAAGCCAUUGAAGCAGGAUCCAUUCCGGUGUUUGUGCGGGAUGAUGACUAUGACAAUCAAAAUUGCAAACAAUCGCUCCACUGGUGGUUCGACGUCGAACCCAAAGCACCCAUUGUGGUGUUACAGAAUUCGUGGGAGGAAAUGUAUCCAACUGUGCAAAAGCUAUUGCAGGAUCCGGCAGCUUUGGAUGAGCAGCAAGCACGGCUCCGGGUGUGGUAUGGUAACUAUAUGCGCAGAGUAACGGCAGAAUUUGAGACAUUUCUGCUGGCAGGGUGA